AUGGCGACUCCCCCGACCAUCGUCGCCCCAUCGGCAGCUCACACGCACACCGUCGUCUUCUUACACGGCCGUGGCGACACGGCCCCCCGAUUCUGCGACUCUCUCUGGCUGUCCACCGACUCGCGCAACUACACCCUCCGCGAGGCAUUUCCCUCCUUCCGCUGGGUGUUCCCGACUGCCGGCAUCAUCCCUUGCCGGACCGCGCCGGGAGACCGUGUCUCACAGUGGUUUGAUAUCUGGGAUGUCCGCAACUUCUCCGACCACGAGGACCUCCAGGCGGAGGGGCUGAGGCCUAGUGUUGAGCAAAUCCGGAAGCUGCUUGCUGAGGAGGCGGCAUUGCUUGGCGGACGGUGGGAACGCAUCGUCUUGGCGGGUAUCAGUCAGGGUGCCGCUACGGCGACUCACACGCUGCUCAAUCUCAACGUUCCCCGGCGUACUUCGCCUCAGGAUCAGGCCCUUCCGCGUCGACUUGGCGCGUACAUGGGGUUCUCGUGCAGAAUGCCGUUUCCAGGACGCAGUCUCGCGGAUACGCGCAAGGUGCUCGAGUUCGCGGACGCACCGACGGACAACGAGGUGUUGCGCAACACGCCGACUCUACUGGAACACUGUGAAGAUGACCCGCUCGUGCUUGUUGAGUACAGCCGAACACUGCGGGAGUCGCUUAGAGGAUUCGCCGUAUCCGUGAGCGCCAAGGAAGCCUUUCAGAAGGGCAGCUACCGCAUCCUAUUUAGUGUUUCCCAGCUUCUGAACAUGGGAUGCUACAAGUGGUUCAAAGUCCUGAAUGAAAACUUCGUUCGCUUCGAGACAAACAAGACUGCGAUCCCCAAACUUGUCCCUCAAUGUAGCGGCAUCGUGCUGGAGCUCGGUCCCGGGCUGGGCAACCAGCUGUGUCGCUACGACAAGAGCAAGGUGACCCGCAUCGUCGGUGUGGAAUGCAACCCUCACUUCGCGCCCGACUGUGAACAGAAGAUCGAGGAGCACGGGCUACAGGACGUAUAUGAGCUAGUCGUCAGCGAAAUGCAAGAGAGCGACGUCCUCGAGAAGCAUGGAAUCACAGAAGGCAGCCUUGACACGGUGCUUAGCAUCCAGGUGCUGUGCUCGGUGCCUGAUCCAAAAGCCGUGGCCAAGGAGCUGUAUCGUCUGCUCGAGCCUGGUGGCAAGCUGAUCUUCUGGGAGCAUCAUCGCAAUUCAGACUGGCUGACAGCGACCGUGCAACAUCUCUGGAAUCCAGUAUGGUGGCCGUUCAUUGGAGGGUGCAACAUGACGCGGAACACGAGGGAGAUCCUUGCGGCAGCGGGCAAGUGGGAAAAUUAUGAUAGCAUCGAAGGAGAUGAGCAACCGUGGAGCAUGCUUCCCCGAGUAUGGGGUGUAUUGGUCAAGCCAGAGGCAUGA